AUGGACUCCUUCGUGGCUUACGAGGAGGCAGCGCUGUUAUGGGAGCAAUCUCUCACCUGGGAGAAGAGAUACACCGCGGGGACACGGUUAGUCCAGGAGCUAACCGGGGCUGCGAAGCGGUUGGUGGCCGGAAGAGACGCCGGCUGGGUGGCCUUCCGAGGCGGAGUCACGAUCCUCAUGGACCACCUGCGGAAGGCCCUGGGGAAACCUCGAGUGAACGAGGUAACAGACCUGCUGGCCACCUACUUCAAAGGCUGCAAGCGGAAGAGCCAGGAGUCAAUGAACGAGUAUGUGACUCGCAAGUUUGAGGCCUACUUCCGGGCCAGCCAGGCUUUGAAACGGGUGGCACCGCACUAUGAGACCGAGUCCAUGGCCACGGCAACUGGAGAGAAUUGGCAUCUUGUGUACGUGGCAGCAAUCCUGGCUUACAAGUUGGACCUCCGGUACUGGCUCGUGACUUGCCCCAACAUGGCCGGCCUCAGUUCCAUGACGAAGUCGGACAUGAUCUUGGUCCUUCGCACGUAUGGCGAAGAGCCACCAACAGCAUGGACUCGAGUGGACUUGCGACACCGGAUCGACGAGCUG